GAGUAUUCUCGUCUCAUCUGUGGAAGAGGAGAGAAGACUGAAGAGAAGGGAAGACAUGGCCGUGACGGCGGAAGCGGCGGCAGAGAUGGUGUUGGAGCGGCGGGCGUACGCGCGGGUGGGGCUCCUCGGCAACCCCAGCGACGUGUACGGCGGCAGGGCCCUGUCCUUCGCCAUCGCCGACUUUUCCGCCACCGUCCACCUCCGCCCUUCGCCCGAGCUGCUCAUCCAGCCGCAUCCGCACCACGACCUCGUCGCCUUCCCCUCUCUCCCUCAACUCUCCUCUGUCAGCCAACUGACCAAGCAUCGUGCCGGAGGGGCUACAGUCACAGAUGGGCCAAGGCGUAAGGCUAAGGAAGAGAAGCGUAAAGACGUUUGGACCGGCUUGGGUUAAUGGGCUGAGUGAGUGCGCGUGAGAGCGAUAUGUACACUGUUGUCUGCUGGGGAGGGUAGCGAAUAAUCAGAACUCAUCUUCAUCUCCAAGACAUUGUGCUCUCUGCUUCCUGCCUUCUUCCUCCUUACUCUGAAUCUACUCUGAGUAUUGUAUCCAGUAUAUGCGAGAGUGUAACAAGUGGUAUCAGAUUCGUCGA